AUGGCGGCAGCGACGGCGGGUUGCGCGUGCGUGUGCCACGGGGAGUGGUCGGCGGCGGUGGUGGCGCUGCGGCAGCUGGAGGAGUGGCAGAGUCGCGCCGCGCAGUACAUAACCCUGCUGGAGAACGAAAAGGCGGCGGCCGACGCGCAGUUGGUGCAGCUUCAGGAGACGCGCGCCACGGAGGCCCAGGCGUGGGAGGAGCGAGUGAGGACGGCGGAGGGCGCAGUCCAGCGCGCGGAGGAGGAGAGGCGGAGGGAGGGGGAGAGAAUGGAGGAGGAGAGAAGAAAGGUGGCGGAGAGAGUGGAGGAGGAGAAGAAGCGGGAGGGGGAGAGAGUGAGGGAGCAGGCGGAGAGGCAGGGGCGACUGAGGGAGGUGCAUCUGCAGACGCGGCUCAGUCAGCAGCAGCAGGAGAUAAUUCGCCGGGAUAGAGCAGCCAUGGAGAUCCACGCGUUCUGGCAGGAGGCGGUGAGGAAGCGCAAUGAGGCGCUCAUGGGGACGAAGCAGGCGCAGAGGGAGCUGCGGAGCAGAGACCAGGCGGACAAGGAGAAGGUGGAAGUGACCAAGGCGUUGAUGCGGCAGUGCGAGGAGUGCCGCAAGGAGAAGGACAGCGCGUUGCAGGCGCUGGCUGGCGUGCGGAAAGAGAAUGAGGCUCUCGAGGUCAACCUGCAGCGCCAAGGAAAGAUGAUAUCGUGGCUGAUAGGCCUGAACUCGGAGCUGGUGGAGGGCGGUGAGGCGCUGCAACAGACAAUUGCUGAAGCACCAAAAUCAUCAGCCACAUUCGCUCCCCCACCCGCCCCCACCUGCUUCCACUUGCACCAGGUGAUAGAGCGGCUCAUCGACCUGAACUCGGAGCUGGUGGAAGGCAACGAGACGUUGCAGCAGGUGAUAGAGCGGCUCAUCGACCUGAACUCCGAGCUGGUGGAAGGCCACGAGGUGCUGCAGCAGCGGCAGAGGGAAAUGGUUGGUGAGAUACUCUCAUUGCGGAGGCACGUGGGGGGCGUGGGAGGGGCUGAUAGUGGGGGAGUGGGAGAGGGAGGGGGAGAGAGUGAGGGAGAGAUACAGGGAGAAGGAAACGGAGAGAAUGAAACAUUGAGACAGAAGGAAGGACGCGAGCAGCAAGAGAAGGGGCGGACAGAGGUGUUGGAAGCAGCGCAGGGAAGGGGAGGAGAGGAGCAUGGGGCAAGAGAUGGCCAUGCUAGCAGCAGGAUGCCAGCUGCCGCUGUCCGUGUUCAUGAUACCAGCAGCAACGCUGAAACGUCUAGGGACCAUCGCCCAAGAGGGGAUUUAGGAGCAGAUUCAGUGCGGCAUCAGGAAGGUGAUGGUGGUGCGUGGGCAGAGGGAGGGAUGGCAGCGGGGGAGUGUGAUAGGGAGAACACAGGUGGACGGCAGGGUAGAGAUGGGUUGGGCUUGAGAGGUGGUGGGCGAGAAGGAGGGGCAGGGGAAGAGUCAGCAGCGAGGAGCAGCAGUGGUGGGAGCGGCAGUAUUGGUGUCGCCGAUGGGGAAGCGGGGAGCGACCGCGGAGGAGGGGGCGGAGGCGGAGGCGGAGGCGGAGGCGGAGGCGGAGGGGGUGGAUGGCAAGGGGAAGACGUCGAAUGGCAAGGCGGUCCGAUGUCUGACUUCCAGGGCCUUCCGGCUCGGGUAGAGCCCGAGCCUACUGACGUGGAAGGCAUGAAUGUGCCAAUGCCGGAUGUGACUCUACGAGACGAGCUCUACGAGUCGCUGAUGCCGCUCAAAUGGGUGUUGUUUCCGGAAGCCGACCCGGUACAGCAGUUUCGCGAUAAGACGUGGAAGGAGAAGAUUUGGAUAUUCCUAGUGGGAGUGUUUCCGAUUCUGUCAUGGCUGCCGAAAUACGAUCUACGGUUCUAUCUGCUCGGCGACAUCAUCGGAGGGCUCUCCGUCGCCAUUAUGUCCGUGCCGCAGGACGUGUCGUACGCCAAGUACGCCAACGCGCCCAAGGAGUUCGCUCUCUGUAAGCCGCGCUCGCCCGUUCCCCCUCCCUCCCUUUCAACACAUCCGCGCCAUGCUGCUACAAGCCUCUUCCUCCUUCCCCCACCCCACCUUUCUAUUCUACCCCCCCUCUCCCCUGCUUACACGAGUUUCCUGCCGCCGCUGAUGUACGCGAUACUGGGUUCAUCGAAGCACAUGGUGAUAGGGCCGGUGUCGGUGGUGUCGCAGCUGCUGGGCGAGCAGCUGAGCGCGCAGGUGGACCCCGCCAAGGAGCCCAACCUGUACAACUCGCUGCUCACCACCACCACCUUCCUCUGCGGCCUCUUCCAACUCGCCAUGGGGCUGCUCAGGUGGGCCACACGGG